AAUGUGUGGAAAUCAGAAAUUUGUAUUACUUAGAUUCUUUGAAUAUUAAUCCUUAACUUUGAAUUUUUCUUGGUUUGUAUAUGUAAAUUAGACCCUUUAUGUCCAUUUAAAUGUGGUUUAUUGGACUAAUUAACUUAUUUCCAGCAAAAUCUACAUGUAACAACUGAUAGGUUUGGGUAUUUUAAUAUAUGUUUUCAAGUGACAACACACAUUUCAGGACUGUCUGUAAGCAUGUGUCACUGUUGAUUUGUUGGUAUGCUUUGCAGGUGGAACUUGACUUCUUGUGGAACAAGUGUAGCCAGCUCAGAAUGCAGCGAGGAGCUAUUCUCAUCAGUUUCAGUCGGUGAUCAGGAUGACUGCUACUCUCUGUUGGAUGACCAGGAGUUCACAUCUUUUGAUCUGUUCCCAGAGGGUAGUGUCUGCAGUGAUGUCUCCUCCUCUAUUAGCACUUACUGGGAUUGGUCAGACAGUGAGUUUGAAUGGCAGUUGCCUGGCAGUGACAUUGCAAGUGGGAGUGAUGUACUUUCUGAUGUCAUACCUAGUAUUCCAAGUUCUCCAUGCUUGCUUCCAAAAAAGAAAAACAAGCAUAGGAAUCUUGAUGAACUCCCAUGGAGUGCAAUGACAAAUGAUGAACAGGUUGAAUAUAUUGAAUACCUGAGUCGGAAAGUCAGUACUGAGAUGGGUCUUCGAGAGCAACUUGAUAUUAUUAAAAUUAUUGAUCCCACUGCUCAGAUCUCGCCUACAGAUAGCGAGUUUAUUAUUGAAUUAAACUGUCUCACAGAUGAAAAAUUGAAACAGGUGAGAAGCUAUAUCAAGGAGCAUGGUCCUCGACAACGGUCUGCAAGGGAGAGCUGGAAGAGAAGCAGCUACAGUUGUGCAAGCACCAGUGGCGUGAGUGGGGCAAGUGCCAGCAGUAGCAGUGCCAGUAUGGUCAGCUCAGCAAGCAGCAGCAGUUCCAGUGUGGGCAACUCUGCUUCAAAUUCCAGUGCCAACAUGAGUCGAGCGCACAGUGACAGUAAUUUAUCCACGAGUGCCGCAGAGAGAAUCCGGGAUUCAAAAAAACGUUCUAAGCAACGGAAAUUACAGCAAAAGGCUUUACGCAAGAGACAGCUGAAGGAGCAGAGACAGGCUCGCAAGGAAAGACUGAGUGGAUUGUUUCUUAAUGAAGAAGUGCUCUCUUUAAAAGUGACUGAGGAGGACCAUGAAGGAGAUGUGGAUGUUUUAAUGUGACAGGGAUGAAUUUAUCAGUGUUCUUUCUAAGCCUUAAGUGUAUUAUCUUUGUUUACAUACAUUUCUUGACCAAAAUUUUGAUUGGGACAGAGCUAACAAUAUAUCAAAUAGAACCCUCUAAAUGUAAUUUAAUGUUUUAAACAUUUAUAAUUUGAGUGAGCUGACUUUUUAAGACUAACAGUUAUGACUAAGAAUAAUUGAGACUUUAACAAGCUGCUGACAAAAUACUGGUUAGAUAAGCCAUUGAAUUAGGUUUAUAUGGUAUUUGCUUUGGCAAAGCUACUUGCAAUGGAUUGUUCUGUUUAAUUGGUUGGUACUCCUUGAUACUGAUAGCAAACUGUGUGGGAGGGAAAAACCCAAUUUCUGUAUAGGAAAUCUCAACUUUAAUCUUACUCUGCAUGUUCCCUUAUUUCUUAUGGGGAGGUUUGUUUUCAUGAAGACGGGAUCUUAGUUCUAUAAGUUACUCUGUUCUUGCCCCCACCCAUAUCAAAUUCUAAUACUUCAUGAAGUUAAAUUUGAUUUUUGGAAAUGAUUAUUUUGAUUUAACUCAAAGAAUUAUGAAGUCGUUGGGGAGUAAUAAGCAGAAGCAGGCUUCUAGCAAUAAAAAGUUGUAAUGUAAAUAUCAGCUAGUAACAAAAUGCAGAAGAAAACAGUCAUUUUCAAAUGUAGAUUUUUUUUUUUCUAGGAGGAAUUGGCUGUUCUUUAAGAUGUAAAACUUAACUUUUUAGAGACUUUCUCCUCAAUAUUUGAAUGAUUGGUUUUUGGUUCCUUUUAUAGUUUUAUUUAUGUUAAUGAUUAAACAGUGCAUCCUCAUUCUUGAUAAGAUAAAAACCCUAAAAAUAAAAUCUUCUCAUGCAUUACAAUAAUAUCUACAGUUGAGUCAUAUGAUACCAUUAAUGGUCUUAAAAGUGUUACUAGAAAGAAAAGUAAACAUAUGGUGCCUAAACUUGGUAGAUAUUUCUUUAUGGCCAAAACCGUAUAUAGGAAUAGAUUCAUGAUGUUGGCAAGAGAACCUAAUUGAUUCAGAUGUACAUUUUAACUAUAUACUGCCAAUUUGUUUACUGCGUGCAGCAUAGUUUAAGGUGAUGGGACUUUUUUGCUAGGUGUGAAACUAUCUCACAGAGUACUGGUUUUGUUGGGUAGCUUUUUGAAUAAGUAUUGCUGAGGAAGACAAGGACACACCUUUAGUUUUUACUUCUGUACCUGAAAACUCAAAUUGGGAAGGUUUUACUCCUGACAAAUUGUAAAUCAAUGUCUGACUUCAUU